GCGGUUUUACAUACCUGUUCAUAUACCAUUGCAUUGCAUACAGAGGUGUAAGAAAUUCAUUGCAGAAUUCAGUAUCCUGUUGUAGCAGCAGCUAGUAACCUGAUACACCACGGACAUAGGUACAAACGGGUGUGUCGGAAGCCCACAGUGCAGCGGAUACACAGGUUGAAUGUUCCACAAAUCACCGGUGUGGUGGCAAAGGAGGGCGGGCGGCUACAAUAGCAGCAACAGGAUUCAACCAGGGCCUAGAGCUGUUUGCCACAGUAACCAGUGAUAUUUGGUGGAAAAUUCUUACAUGGCCCUCGAUCGAUACGGCUUUCGUUUCUAGACCGGAGUGACGACGAGAAGGUGCGACGAAAAGCUUUCAGUGGCGGUUUUGUAACGUCGUUGUUAUUAUUUUUUAAUUUGCAUAAAUUAAAAGAACCGAGCAGAAAUGAUAAAAGUGUAACGGUUUAUGGGCACCGCUCACGAAACAACAGGACUAACCAAAGUGGAAGUUUUUUCCGGUCCUGCACGGCCUUCAACGUUCAAGUGGAUUUACUGUAAGUCUGUGCUCGUGCUCGGUAGUGAUUCACGGCACGGGAGGAACCUUUUCCAGUGUUGUUCUUUCAACAAUCAAUGCUCGAACAUCUGGCGGUGAAAUAUAUCGUUCCGGUGCGUUCGCUAGUAGUGCGUAGUGGAAAAUUUUGCGUGGCGUGACAAUCGGGAAAAACGGUGAUAUAAUUUGUUUGAAACAAAAGUUUCAUCGCGGUUUUCGGGAGAGGUGUAGAAAGAAAACGGUACCAGGACGAAGUCAGAUUGCCCAUCAGCAGCAGACAACAAGGCUCAAGCAUUAUUUAUGUCAAUUUACAUUGCACACACCCCAUUUGUAAUUAUCCGAACGCUGAGAGGCAAACCACUUCAGAUUUCGAGUAUACUAAUGUGUGUUUGGCUAGUGUCGAUGCUGAUAUUUGUGCCAUAGUUCCGGGACCAACUGGCCUCAUCGUCGGUGUUUAAUAUCAAUUAUAGUGCCAUCGUAUUAAUUAUAUCAGCGGUGACACACAAAGUGCCCCCGAGGUUGCAUUUUGAGCCUCCUGGUGGUGACCGGAAUCCAUGGAGUUUGGCCAUGAAUAAAUCAUCCGGUGUACACAGCUAGGCGCAGCUCGUAAGGAAUUUUAUUAAUUGGACCUAGUGCGGUGCAGUGCGGUACGGUACGGUGCGGUGGCCAGCUUCUGCUUCGGAACCGGGUGCGAUAAAUUGAUUCUAGCCGGUAAUCCGAGUGAGAAUGCCGUGUAUGCUUAAUUAUUAUUAGAUCACGAGUAGCUGCGGUUGACCAUAAAAUCAGUGACCACAUAACGCGAUUCAGGAUUCGGAAUCCUAGUUCUAGUCCUCCUAGGAAAUAGUUUGCAAGACCGGAACGGAAUUUCUCUCAAGUGUAUGUGUUUGUGUCUGUGCCAGUGAUCGAGGAGAUUUUUCGAGUGCUACACUGUCGAGAAGCACCAAAUCCCCGAUCCGAUUAGCCUCGAGAUCUGGAAUCACUCAAGUGCUGUCUAGGCAGGAAGUUGGUACAUGCGUGCGCUGAUGUGUGGGUGUUCGUUCGUUACCAUAUCAAUCAACGCAGUUUGGUGGCGUAAAAAUUGCCCGAUGAGCCGAGGAGAAAUGCUUCAGUGAUAAGAUUAUCUACUUACAAGAUAUCAUUUUCGAAAUUCGACCAUCGCUGCCAGUGCUAAAGUGAUUGAGUGCGGUGAAGAUUCGAUUUGAUUUGGCGAUACGGUGCUAGUGAUAACAAAGUUGAUGUGUUAUUGAUUGAUUUUGCUUGGUUUUUUUUCGGGAAAACCUAUCGAAUAAGGUGCAAAAGGAGAAGAACAAGAAAGAUUUCGGUCGCGUUAAUCAAAUCACAAGACCGUGGCUAGCCGAAGGAAGCAACAUGCCAAACGACGGUGAACCGCACAAAGUUUAAUACCGAACAGAAAUCAUAUUGACGACGACAAACCGCCGACCGCCUCCGGUGCAGCCCACAGCACACAUACACACCACACACGAGGUCCACGUCAGGUCGCCGUGGUCACGAAUUGUGCCACUGUCGGAAGUGUCGGAUCAGUAAGUGCAAAUUAGGUUGCUGUCGGUGUAGGUUGAGCUCUCAACAUUAGAACACAGGUUCCACGCGAAAAAUGGCAGUCAUUCGAUCGCCGGAAGUGCUCGUCAACGCCGUCACCUGGUGGAACAAAUUCGUGCUGGUGCUCAUCUUCCUCGAGGUGUUUUUGCACGUCGAGACACUGGAUUUGGAAAAAUGCAAAAAUCCAUUAGGGAUGGAGUCCGGAGCGAUUAACGAUUCGCAGAUAACGGCCAGCUCAGCCCACGACAUCGGCAAUGUGGGACCCCAGCACGCCAGAUUGAAAGUAGACAACAAUGGAGGCGCCUGGUGUCCGAAGCACAUGGUGUCGCGGAAUCUGAACGAGUACCUGCAGAUCGAUUUGCAGAAAAUGCACGUGGUCACGGCCAUCAAGACGCAGGGCCGCUUCGGCAAGGGCCAAGGCCGGGAGUACACCGAGGCGUACGUGCUCGAGUACUGGCGGCCUGGCUUUAGCAAGUGGAAACGGUGGAAGAACACCCGGGAUAACGAGAUUCUAUUGGGCAAUACUAACACCUACAGCGAAGUGGAGAAUAUUCUGCAGCCAAUUAUCUAUGCUUCAAAAAUACGCAUUUAUCCGUACAGUCAGUACGACCGAACGGUUUGCCUGAGAGCAGAGAUCAUCGGGUGCGAGUGGGAUGAAGGAUUAGUUUCCUACAGCAUCCCCAAGGGCGUGAUCCGUGGAAUGGAGGUCGACCUCUCGGAUCGAACGUACGACGGCGAAGAAGAGGGCGACCGGCUAGUUGGUGGCCUCGGUCAGCUGGUAGACGGCCAGAAGGGAGCCGAUAACUUUCGCAUCGACAUUCACGGUUUCGGGAAGGGUUACGACUGGGUCGGCUGGCGCAAUGAUUCACUCGGCUGGGCCGGAAAGCCGGUUGAGAUGGUGUUUGAGUUCGACACGGUGCGGAACUUUAGCGCCAUGGUGCUGCACACCAACAACAUGUUCAGCAAGGACGUACAGGUAUUCCUCCAUGCGAAAGUUUUCUUCAGCAUCGGCGGUCAGCACUUCAGCGGUGAACCGGUGCACUUCUCUUACAUGCCGGAUACGAUAAUGGAGGGCGCUCGUGAUGUCACGAUCAAGUUGCAUCACCGCAUCGGACGGUUCAUCCAGAUUCACCUCUACUUCGCCAUGCGGUGGAUUAUGCUCAGCGAAAUAUCGUUCAUUUCAAAUACCGUAAUUGGCAAUUUCUCCGACGAGGAAGUGAGCGGAAAUUCAAUUUCACAGGAAAAUUCUAUCGAAUAUCCACUGCAGCGAGACGAAGUACAAACGACCAGCAAGGGUGAACGGAAUCAUGUAACGCAAAUCAUAUCACCAAAACCGAUCGACCAGGAGCCGGAGCCACACUUUGUCGGCGUCAUCAUUGCGGUGCUGACCACCAUCAUUCUGCUGCUGAUCGUCGUCAUCCUGUUCAUCGUUGCGAAGAACAAACGCACCCGAACGGCGGCUGUUCUCGACGCGCUGCAGCAUAAUUUGCAUACCGACAGCCUGGGGAUUGAUAAACGACUGAACAGUAAUUUCAAGGUGUCGAUAGACGACAACGAAUCAAUUGACAAGAGUAGUUUGUACCACGAACCGUUCAAUGUCAACAUGUACACUAGCGCCGCUAGUGGGUGCUCGAUGAACGACAUGCAGCGACAUCACAUCACUCCGGACUAUACAGAUGUUCCCGAUAUCGUGUGCCAGGAAUAUGCUGUGCCGCAUAUGCAGGACCUAAUACCGAAGAUUCCCGGCGGCUACGUGAGCGUCCGGCUGACACCGCCAACGUUGAACAAUAUCUUCCCGAAACCACCGCCAGUGCCCCCACCACCGGAGAAGUAUUACGCGGCCACGGCCAUCUGCAAAUCGUCGACCGCUCCAACGACUCCCUCCAGUACCGGCAAUCACCAGCAGCAGCAGCAGCAACAACAGCAACUAAGCGCUUACAGCGAUCUGGAUCACGGUGUCUCGGACGAUGAUUUACAGCUCAGCGAGUAUCCCCGGGAUAAGCUUGUGAUAGUGGAGAAGCUCGGCUGCGGCGUGUUUGGCGAGCUACAUCUCUGCGAAACCAAAGGAUACAGCUCCAGCCUGGUUGCGGUGUCAACGUUGCGUCCUGGAGCGUCCGAGCACGUGAAGAAGGAGUUCCGAGCGAAAGCCAAGCAACUGAGCCGACUCAACGAUCAGAACAUAGUGAAACUGAUCGGUGCCUGUCUGAAGGACGAGCCGAUUUGUAUCGUUUUAGACUACAAAUUCAGCACGGACCUAAACCAAUUCCUGCAGGAGCACACGGCCGAAACCGGUUCGCUGGUGCAGCAUAAUUCGUUAAGCUACGGAUGUUUAAUUUACAUCGCAACACAAAUAGCCUCCGGUAUGAAGUAUCUAGAGCAAAUGAAUGUAGUGCAUCGUGAUUUAGCAGCUAGGAGUUGUUUAGUAGGACCACAACUGGAGAUAAAAAUCUGUACACUAGGAACUGUGAUAAACCGCAUUGCAUAUCCCGCAGACUACUGUCACCUGGAGGGAGCUGGAAGACAAUCACAACCGAUGCCGAUCCGGUGGAUGGCAUGGGAGAGCGUACUGAUGGGCAAGUUUACAUCCAAGUCUGAUGUGUGGUCGUUCGCCGUGACGCUGUGGGAGAUCCUCACGUUCGCCCGGGAGCAACCCUUCGAGAACCUGAGCGACGAGAAGCUGAUCGAGAAUAUUGGACACACGUACCAGGACAACAAGAAACACAUCCUGCUACCGAUUCCGGUCGGUUGUCCACGCGAAAUCUACGACCUAAUGUGCGAAUGCUGGCAGCGCAACGAAAACAGCCGGCCAAACUUCCGGGAAAUUCAUCUAUUUUUGCAGCGGAAAAAUCUCGGGUACAAACCAACUGCUUCUUUUUAGAACCAAACAAAAAAUCACAACCAAUCCUGCACUAGCCAACUUCAUCACACCAUCAUCUUUUGUGUUCUGACAUCCGUGUAUAUUGUAGUAAAUAGCCGUGCGUAUAACUAUUUUGCAUCGUUUUGAUUAUUGUAUCAACUAUGAUUUUCUAGAGAUAACUUUCUUUUGACAUUUCUGAUUAGUUCAGCCGAUUCGUGAAUGUGUUGCGUUCGAUAGAAUUUGUUUUGCGUUCCAUUUUCGGUUCGAAUGUAUAUUUUGUAGCGUUUAAUGUGUAGAGUUGCCAAUCAGCAAACCAAACUAACUUCGCCUUAACAAUUCUCUCCGAUUUUUAUAGUGAAUACUUUCAUCACAUCUAAGAAUGAUACGAAUUGCAACAAGCUAGCGGAAAAAGUACGAAUUUAAGAAACUCAAUAAAUUGUUAUAGCACUCAAGCAAACGAACACAAAACAAAACUAGGACAAUGCAGCAGUAUAAAUCCAAGAUGGAUGCAGGCAUCGUAGUAUGCGAAAACAAAAUGUGGCAUGUUGAAACGACAAGGCCCUUAAAAAUGCUCUUAAUGCAUGGAACAAUCAAGAGAUGACGAGAGACUUUGAAGGAACAUAAUCCUACUAUUGAAUUCUUUGAAAAUGCGAAACGAACAACAACAUAAGUAAAGUUUAUGCACAUACAACGUAAUUGUGAUCCCUGAUUCUAUAGGUGUAAAAAGUAAAUUUAAUUACGAGCAAGUGUUGAAACGCGAAUUUGUCAACUUACUAGUUAUAAUUGGAAUGCACACGUAAAGCUCACAUACACGAAACAACAAAAAUCAUACACACACACUAUUAGACAGUACGCUACACGAAAAAAAAACAAAAACAACUCAUCCCUCGGUGACGAUAAAUGUUUACCAGCUUUACGAGUCAUUAAUUAAUUGAAAAAAAAAAUCGGCAACUAGUGCUAAUCAUUUAAUUAUUCAACAUCAAGGUGUUUAACUUUUACGAGUGAAAAACGAUUGCAGUUGGCGCGUUAAAACUAUAACUAAACCUUUUUUUUUUUAAAUCAUUUUCCUAUUACCAUUUUGAUACUUAGUAGGCGAUUUUUUUAUUACUUGUCAACUUGCGUGUUUACAUAUUGGAAUACAUAAAUAGUCC